CACGUCUCCAUAUCAACCGUUAAUAUCAACCGGCAAUCGCAAAAAGCAUCUUUUUGUAAACUUGGUGGGUCGAUGCGCGAGUGAGUUUUUAGGACACAAGGUUAAUGUUAAUGGAAUUAGAGCAAGUUUUGCAUAUGAAUGGAGGAGAUGGAGAUAAUAGCUAUGCUAAAAACUCUUCACAACAGAAAGAGGCCAUCUUGAAAGCGAAACCCCUGUUACAACAAACCAUGCGUGAAUUUUACUGCAACAGCUUCCCUGACUGCAUAAGAUUUGCAGAUAUGGGGUGUUCUUCUGGCCCUAACGCAUUUUUGCCCACUUGGGAAACUAUCGAGGCCCUUCACAAAACCUGUCACAGCUUGAACUGCAAGCCGCCCCUGUUGCACGUCUUUCUAAAUGAUCUUCCUGGAAAUGAUUUCAACACAAUUUUUAAAGCACUUCCAGGGUUUUAUGACAGACUGAAGAAAGGAGACGAUCAAAAUGAUCUUUUGUCAUGUUUCAUUGCUGCAGUACCUGGGUCUUUCUAUGGGAGACUAUUUCCCCCACAUUUUCUUCACUUUGUUUUCUCGUCUUACAGCCUCCAUUGGCUCUCUCAGGUACCUGAAGGGCUAAUAAGUGAAAAGGGAGUUCCAGUGAACAGGGGGAAUAUUUAUCCAACGAUAACAAGUCCUCCUAGUGUGCACAAGGCAUACUUGGAUCAAUUUGAGAAAGAUUUCACAAAAUUUCUCACUUUGCGUUCAGAAGAAUUGAUUACAGGAGGUCGAAUGAUCCUUACACUUAGGGGCAAUCAAUCAAAGGAUGAAUCUUUCAACAAUUAUCGCCCCAUAUUUUUAGAGCUAAUUGGGUCAGCUUUACACGAAAUGGUCCUAGAGGGGGUAGUUGAAGAAUCAAAAUUAGACACAUUCAAUAUGCCAAUGUAUGCACCUUCUCUUGAAGAAGUACGAAAUGUGAUUCAAAGAGAAGGAUCCUACAAUAUCAAUCUACUCGAAACUUUCCAGCUAAGUUGGGAUGCAGGGUCCAGCAAUGGUGAAAAUAGCUUAGAGGGAAAGUAUGCCAGGGGCAAGCAAGUGGCAAUGAAGCUCAGACCUGUAGUAGAGUCAAUUCUAGUUAGCCAUUUUGGAAAUGCCAUUCUGGAUGAUUUAUUCCAGAGGUUUUCUAUCAGGGUUGCAGAUUGCAUUGAAAAGGGGCUAGGAGUACACACAAAUGUGAUCAUUUCCUUAACUAAGAAAUGAUUUUUGUGUUAUCAAUCCUUCUUUUUCUAAUCAUCUUAGAAAUUAUUUAGCUUGUAAUAUGAGAUUUUUAUGUGUUCAAACAUUAGAUAUAAGCAAAUGAAACAGGGUUGAGUUCAUAAAACAA